AUGAGCACUAGAGGCACUCGCGGUAGGGGUACUCGAGGUCGCGAUAGAGGCCGAGGAAGUGCUAGGACUGGGUCUUCGGCAUCAGGCCACAUGCCUAAUAUUGGGGCUAGGGAAGCACCAGCUUCAUCGGUGACUGAAACGAGAUCAUUCAAUCAAACGGCUGAGGAUGAUGCACUAUCCCAAGCUAUGCUCCGUAUUCUGGAAAUGGUCGCAGGGACCAGUACUGGUGCUGUAGGCCAUGGGUCGAUUUCAAAACGACUCCGAUUGAAUGGAGCAAAAAUUUUUAGGGGUAUUUCUGGGGUAGCCCCUAAUAUGGCUGAAUACUGGUUAGAAGCCACAGAAAGAAUAAUGGAUGACCUCGAUUGCACUUCUGAGCAAAAACUAGAAGGUGCAGUAUCCUUACUGCAAGACGAAGCCUGUCGGUGGUGGCUUACUGUGCGAGAGGGUACUCAGACUGAUCGGUUAACGUGGGAUUUAUUUAAGGCGGCGUUUCAAGGAAAGUAUAUGGGCGCAAGUAAUGUGGAAGCCCGAAGAAAGGAAUUUUUAAGUUUGAUCCCGGGGAAUAAAACUGUGGCUGAAUAUGAGGCGGCGUUUCUGUGA